AUGGGUCAGCCAAGUGAUGAGAAAGAGAGAAUCCGUGAUUUAUCCAAAUAUUAUUGUACCUUUGAUCAACCAUCCCCAAGCUCCGAAGUGAAUGAGAUUCCACCGGAAAUACAUUUCCCUCGUCUUUCAAACGACACCACCUUGACCGCCCUGACCCAAUUGGGUGUCUAUCGCUUUGGAUGCAAUCGGUCCUUUGUGUCAAUCAUCGAUGGAGAAAGUCAACAUGUCAUUGCAGAGGCAACCGCCUCGAUCUCUCUUCGAAACGAAGAUCUUCAUAGUCCGGACGAUGGCAUAUUUCUAGGUGUCACUACACUUGACCUGGAAUGGGGAGUGUGUCCUCACGCCAUUCGACUUUUCACUGGACAGGACCCUUCCCAGAUACUAGACACGGAGAACAUAACGGCCAACCAGACGCGUAACAUCAUUCGCGAUUUUACCAAAGAGGACUUCUACAAAGAUCGCCCCUAUGUGCUGAACUGGCCUUUCUUUCGAUUCUACGCCGAGGUACCAUUGUACAGUCCUUCGGGGUUCGUACUAGGUUCGUAUUGUGUGGUGGACAACAAGCCACGAACGAACUUUGGAGAUGAGGAUGUGGCUGCUCUUCGGGAGAUAGCCGACUCAAUUUCAAACCACCUUGAAAAUGCGCGGAUCGUUCAAUAUCAUCGUCGGUCAGAGAACUUGGUCAAAGGGUUGACAAACUUCGUCAAAAGUCAUGCGAAAUUUGAUCCUAUUGGCUCCUCUACUCAAGGACAGAUGGAAUUAUUUGCAAAUAAGCUCAAGUCUGAAGAUUUGGGGCAAGUAGUCAGCGCACAGGAUGUGGGUGCGGGUGGGACGCUCGAAUCUUUACCCACAGAAAAGGAUAUUGGUGUCUAUUCAUCUCUUGAUGAAAUCUCCUCUACGACUCUUAAUGGAAGAGAAGUGUCGUUAUUUUCUCUAAACAUGCCUUCCGCGUCGGACUACACACUACCAUCAUCGCUUUCUCGAACCUCAGACCGAGUGGAACCAGUUUCCUCCUCCGUAGAAGGAACACCGGAAUCAUUAGGGCCAGAAAAUGUGCCCAUCACUGAGCGUAUAGCUGCCGUCUUUACCCGUGCUAGUCUCUCGCUGGAAGAAUCAUUGGAUUUGGACGGCGUGGUUUUUCUCGAUGCCCACCGAAAUGACCCGCAAUUCGACAUUUCUGAGCGGCAUGAUGAUUGGGAUUCCUUGGGGAAUUUUUUUUCAGGCUCUAGCCCUUCGAGUCUCCCUAAUGCGAAUCCGCUCAAAGAUGCAGAAAACUACUGUGGCUCCUUGGGCCAGGCUAUAAGCUGCAGGUCAGCUAAGAGCAAAAUUGACUCAAACUGCCAGGUUAAAGUGACUGAAGAGUUGUUGCAUUCGUUGAUCACACACUUUCCAGACGGCCACAUCUUCAACAUAGACAGCAGGAGUAAUAUGGACAGUCUAGUGGACUCUGCAAGUGACCAUUCGGAGAUUUCUGCUUCCAAUGUUGAAAUUGUUCGGCAAAUAUCUCAUCGUCUCGCUCAUCAACUCCCCGAAGCCAAGUGUGUGCUUUUCUACCCUCUCUGGGAUUGGAACAAAUCGCGAUGGCUUGCAGGUACACUGGCAUGGGUAAACGGAAGCCAUCGCCCUUUGGGUAGAGAAGAUCUGCACUACUUUAAAGUUUUCGGAGAUUCUAUGAUUUCCGAAGUAUCUCGGAUACACUGGAUUGCCAGUGAGAACUCGAAAUUUGACUUUGUCACUUCUAUAAGUCAUGAGCUUCGAUCACCACUACACGGGAUCCUCGCCAGCGCGGAGCUGCUACAUGAUGUUCAACUCCAGGCUGCGCACCGUGAUAUGGUUAAUAUGAUCUCAACAUCAGGUCUGACCUUGCUGGACACAAUAGAUCACCUGCUGGAUUACUGUAAAAUUAACAACUUGGCAACCACACAGAGUCUCAGCGUGACCGACACGGAAGAUUCUUCAACAACCCUAGUCUCCGACUUCAGUCUCGAUUCCUUGGUUGAAGAAGUCGCAGUGAUACUUCAUACCGGCCGGAAGGCACCCGGGCCUAUCUCCUCCCUUGCAAGUAAACCAGCUACUGAAACUCCGUCCUCUCAACCCAUCUCUCCUGUUACUGGACAUCGAGAUGAAUUGUCAGUGGUAGUAAACAUCGAGCAUUCCACCUCCUGGAAUAUCCGAUCGGUCGCUGGUGCCUGGAGAAGGAUAGUCAUGAAUCUUCUCGGCAACGCAAUGAAAUGGACGCAGACUGGCCUCAUCGAGGUAUCACUAUUACAAGCCACCGCUCAAACUGAAGCAGAACCUCGCCUGGUUCAUCUCCGCAUCACAGACACCGGCCAAGGAAUUUCACAGGAUUUUCUUAGAAACUCGGCAUUUUUGCCUUUCGCCCAGGAAGACUCCCUGUCAGAUGGUGUUGGGCUUGGACUCAGCGUCGUGCAUAAGCUAGUGACUUUCCUGGGUGGCCAUCUGAAAAUGAAGAGCGACAGCGGUGUUGGUACCCAGGUCGAUGUCUACAUCCCCACACAACACCUCAAGGACCAUGUCCCUGCCAAGUUAUUCGAUGAUGCCUCCUCGCUAGAAAUUCAAAGACACGAGAACUCUUUGAAGGCAUGUCUCGUUGGGUUCAACGGCUGUCCUGACUUGACGGAGACGCCCACUGGUAUUCUGAGCACCGAUGCGAAACGGAUGCUUUCUAUUCAGAGCACUCUCGCCAAUGUUUUGAGGAAGCAAGUUGGAUGGCAUAUCGCGCUGGCAGACUCACUUGAGCAGGGCGAGGGUGAUAUUGCGGUCAUUGAGGAGGCAAAAUUAAACGCCAUAUUCAAUGACCAAUCCCCGUCUACUUUGAAUGCUGGCCGUCAUUUCAAAUUCUUCAUUAUCUUAGGCAGCACGACGUCCUCACCAACAUACCCCUUUCCUUUGAAUGCCGUCCUGAUGUCACAGCCAUAUGGACCUCAGAGAAUCCGUGAAACUGCUCAAAGAAUCAUGGAUAUGUAUAAGUCACAGGAUGAAAUCAGUGCCCUUGAUGCUCCAUUUGCCGUUCCACCAACAAGCCAUGAACUUCCUCCGUCAAACCCCAACCCGUCAGACGUAUCGGAAAUAUCGAAUUGUCUUUUAGAGCAACUACCGGUUGAAUUGAUCCGCUCGGCUCCUCUUAUCGCUGGCUCGCCAAGCUCGAAUAGUCAAAUGACCAAUAUGCAUGUUCUCAUCGUGGAUGACAAUGACAUCAAUCUCAAGAUUUUGGCUACAUUCAUGCGAAAGCUUGGCUGUAGUUACGACACAGCUUCUAAUGGACUGAUUGCAUUGGAACAGGUUGAAUCUUCAAGUCGAAGAUAUGACUUGAUAUUGAUGGAUCUAUCAAUGCCAGUAAUGGACGGACUAGUUUCAACUAGCAAGAUCCGACAAAACGAAAACGACCGUGGUCUCCAACCAGCCCGCAUCAUGGCGGUUACAGGCGUCGCUUCAGAUACCAUGCAACAGGCGGCGGUGACUGCUGGCGUUGAUGACUAUUUAGUCAAACCUCUCUCCCUCCGUAAGCUGAAGAAGCUCAUGGAACCUAUACCCUAA